GAGAUACCUUGUUUCCACUGGUCCAAUCUGACAGGGGCCCACUUGCUCUGUGAGCCUCUACGUUUCCGGGCGCAUUACAGUAGCCCCUAGCAAACUCACCUUGAGCUGCAAAGCAACCAAUUGCUUGAGUUACGAAGAAUAGCUCUUAGGGGCGCUUUACUGACGUGUUUUUCGUCGAGGUUGUGUUGGACGGGCCUUCACCGGGCGCCUGCUUCGCGGCUUCUCCGCGAUGAGCGGGGACGAGGGCGACGGUCGAGAUGGCAACAGCAAUGCGCGUGAGCAGGACAGGUUCCUGCCCAUCGCCAACAUCAGCAGAAUUAUGAAGAAGGCGCUCCCGAACAACGCGAAAAUAGCCAAGGAUGCAAAGGAGACGGUCCAGGAGUGCGUCUCGGAGUUCAUUAGCUUCAUCACGUCGGAGGCUAGUGACAAGUGCCAGCGGGAGAAGCGGAAAACAAUUAACGGCGACGACCUGCUGUGGGCCAUGACGACGUUGGGCUUUGAGGAGUACCUGGAGCCGCUCAAACUCUACUUAGCCAAGUUCAGAGAGGCUGAGGCGGCGACAUCCAAUAAGCCAGGGGGCGGCUCAGGUGCCAACGCGGAGGCAAAGCGUGAGGCGGCCGCGGCGGCUGCGGCUGCGGCCGCAGCUGCGGCUGCAGUUUCGCAGCAACAGGCGGCGCAGCAGCAGAUGGCGGCGCAGCUGCAAGCUGGCAUGGCGUUCCCGGGGCUCAUGCCGGCGCAGUUCCAGGGGCUACCGCCCGGCAUGAUUCCCGCUGGCUUCCCCGGACUGCCGCUGCCUCCGGGCGUGCCGGGCCUGAUGAUGCCAGGUGGCGUUGUGCCCAAGCAGGAGCCCCCCAAGUAGCGGGCUGCAAUCUUACAUUGGGCACUCUCGGGGCCGCAUACGAACUCAAUCGGAUGUUGCUGGCACGCUGUUGUGCGCUGCUGCGGGGUCUGUGACAGCACUCAGUGGUUGUGGGAACUUGUUUCCGUGAGCACGUUGAUCAUUAGCUCACGUUUUGGACAUCUCUGUAAACGGAUUCCGCGUGGGAAGAGUUGUGAUGACGUGUGUCCGGAUGUUGCGAAGCUGGGGUGUGAAGGGCCGCGGCGAUAUGAGGGUGGAUGGACGCGCGUUCCGCGUGAAGGGUUUGCACCCAACUGGUUGUCUUGGCCUUGUGUUACAUUGAGCGAGACACUUGCGCAAGGCAACUUACUGUUCGGCAUUAAAAUUUUAACGAAUCGGAAGGGA